AUGUCCAUAUCCGCUCCCAACGCGGCUGAAGUUGGUCAUUUUGUUCCUCAACAAACUCCACUAGCCAUGUCUCAUCCUCAUCCUUCCAUUCCUGGUCCCGCUUUUUCUUCCCCUUGUGCAGCUUUCUUUACAAACGCCGUCGAUACACCCAUCUGCAUAAGUCGUCCUUUCGAGACUUCUCAAGAAAACCCAGCUACUUACGUUCUUGCUACUCCAGCUCUUGGCUCCACUUGCUCCGCUGGGUCUGAAUCAGCUCCCAUCAACCUCUGUCCUGGCAUGUCUACCCGUUUGCCCGGCUGUGUAGCCAGCCUUGUCAGUUGUUAUUCUGGUCGCCAACCUUCCCAACAAGAGAUUAUGCCCUUGCCGCCUGGCUUACUUGUAACUCAGCCAAUCAGCUUUCCUCAUACAGUUCCUAUCGUGGCAAAUCCUCAACAUGGAACUGCAACUGUCCUUUCCUGUCGCCCUCCUGCAAGGGGAUAG